AUGGCCGCGUGGAUGUCAUUCAACGCCCCCAUAUGCAAAUGCUGCAUGUGCCAAACCAUCCGUCAAGAUCUCGCCCACAUCGAUCCUGGAUUUGAUCGGACGUCGAGGCCUGGCAAUGGUCCUCUGCGAGGCAUGGAUCAUGUCACCCUUCUCUACCGAUCAUUGACCGAGUAUCCUGCUUACCUGCGCGCCAUGAAAGACAAAUUGGACUUCGAUCUUCACACUGUCGACACCAACAUCAAGAUGGCCAACUUAGAGGCUAAGCGGGAGCUGGACCUCAGUCUUCACAAGGAGGAGGUCGAGAUCAAGAAAGCCGAGUUAGAGGUCAAGAAGCUCGAACUCGAGAUCCGGAAGGCUCAUUUGGAACGCGAGAAGGCGGAGAUCCUGAUCAAGCAGGAGACUUAA